AUGUGGAGGGGGCCCCUGUUGCUUCUGCUUAUGAUCUCUCGAGCGGCGGCUCUGAGAAACCAGCAAGUCACAUCAGUGACGGAUGAAGUUGAUGAAGUGUGCGGGCAGGAAUGCCAUCUUAUCAACCCGGCCGGAGAAAACUACUAUGUCGGAUUCCGGGAGGUGGAAGGCAGUCCCGAGGAAUUGAAGGCAGGAUCCCAGUAUGAUCUCCGCACUUCGCCAUGUGGAGAGACAUCAGACGAGCCCCCGCGCAAGAUUACAAUCGCGCCAACAGGAGAGAAAGACCGACAUGGCCUUGUGAAAGGGGAGCUCCAGCGAAAGCUUGAGUGGAGUCUUAACCACAUCGAGAAGCUCCAGGAUGGUGAGAUUCGGAUCUGCACUUCGGGAGAACAGCCCCGAUGCAUUUGCAAACUCGAUGCCAGCUUCUUAGAGACAAAGAAGGACACCGAACAUUUUCUCUGGGCCUGCCUGCCUUUGGCAGCAUUUGCUUGUGGAGUUGGCUUUUUCUCUGGGAUCCUCUACGCUGCGUACCGCUUGAAGGACGGCUUCUUGAAGAACCCCUCCAAGGACUGCGGCCAAGAUGAUGAGAGAUCUGUCUGUGUGGUCUCACAUGGACUAGAUGAUGAUACGAAGGACCGCUCCUUGAAGAACCCCUCCAAGGAACACCGGUCAUCUCCAUCCACGACCUCAAAGUCGCCAGCGCUCUCUAUUCGCCAAAUUCGAGACAGAUGGCUUUGGGCGUUUGGAAGCUGUUUGGUAGCCUUGUCUUGUGGCACUCCUUUCUUAGGCAUCUUGACGACGGGGGCCAUGUUUUGGCUGUACUCCUGCAGCCAGACCCAUCGACUCUUCUUGGUUGAAGCGCCGCAAAGGAUUCCGCUUCCUGUGCAAGUUCUGACCGAGGGCAUCCUUUGGACAAGCCUUUUCCAGGCAUGCAUCUACACCAUCGUCACUUAUACCAAGCGCUACUUGAGAUUGUUCGCGAGCGACACCAGCAACAUGAAAGUGGUCACGCAGAAGAUCCUCGCCGAGGCAGAGGUCGGGGUCAUCGUGGUGGCCUGUACCUUCGGCUCAACCAUCCUCUGGCGAGUCUUGUUGAUCAAUGCCAUGGAGAUCGCGCAGAACGUGCAUGAGCACAGACAGAGGGUAACGCUUCCGCCCAAAGCCCGAGAGAUCUGGAAGCAGCUGCAGGAUAAGUUCGACAAGUAUUUUCCAAAAAAAGAGCCACCUGCCACUUUCACAGAGCUGCGGUUGCGACAGGAUUCCAAGGACAAGAUUGAGAAAGACAUUUUCGGAGAGGUGGAUUUGUACAGCAUAGACAAGGCGCUGAUUUUCACAUCCACCUUGGUGCUCGGCGUGUCUUUGAUAGUCCUGCAAUGUCAACUGGAUUGGACUGCAUCUCAUGAGGAACGAGUUCCAGGCUACCUGGCCUGGAGGCGGCGGGGGAUAGGCAGAUAUCUGUACGCAGGUCUUGGGGGGGGUCAUAACGGCGUAUGUGGCAGCUCACCAUUGGUUCCGGCUCACAUCCGCCACUGUCGGCGUUACCAGAAGGUUCAAGCAACUGCCCCAACGCAUGCUGCUUUUCUCCUUCCUGGCCACCACCUCGAACCAAGUGGAACUUAA